UGGGGAAUGAUAAAGUAUGUGUACUCCUUUAUGCAGAUGACGUAGUUGUUAUGAGUGAAUGGCAGAUGAGCUUCAAAGUUUGUUGGAUGUAGUGGAUGGCUAUGGUAAAGACUUUGGAGUAAGGUUUAGCAGUGAGAAAAGCAAAGUAAUGAUUGUGAAUGGGUCAGAGGAUGAAAGUAAUGUGGUAUGGAGACUUGGAGAGAAUGAGUUGAGACAGGUGCAAGAAUACAAGUACUCAGGGAUGUGGAUGAGUCCUAGUGGGUGUGCAAAGGCAAAGAAUGAAAAGAUAAAUAUGCUAAACCAGUGGGUAGGUCGACUGGGAAGCGCGGCAAGGAUGAGAGCAAGUAAGUAUGAUGUGUUGAGAGAAGUGUGGAAGAGUGUGGCUGUCCCAUGUAUAAUGUAUGGUAUGGAUGUGAUUGCAUGGAAGGAAAAUAAAAUUGAAAAGUUAGAAGUGGGCCAGAAUAGAGUAGCAAAGAUUGGCACUGAGUCCACCGAGGGGCACAGCAGUUGAAGCCUUGAGAGGUGACAUCGGAUGGCGCACCUUUAGGGAAAGACUCACAAAAGCCACACAAGAUUAGGCUUGAGAGAAUGGAUGAUGCAAGAAUAGCAAGGAAGGUGUACCUGUGGAAUGAAAGUGGAAGCAAAUGGAGGAAGAGAUGCAUGAGAAUGACAGACAGGAGUGGAUUGCAAGUUGUGUGGGCGAUAAGAAUGGCUGGUAGGAAUCAAAAUGAGCGUGAAUGGGUGGUAACAAGAGGAGGAAGAGUGGGAGCCGAAUGGGAUGUGAGAAAAUGGAAGAAUGAGAUAGACAAAGAAGUGAAAUGUGUGGGACUGAAUGAAUGGAAGAAUGAGAUGGAAAGAAAGAAGACCCUGGAAUGGUACAAGGAGAAAGAGGCCCCGAGGUAUGAAAGGUGGUAUGAUGGAAGCCUGGGCGGUGAUCUUCUCUUCCGAGCGAGGGCACAGUGUAUGGAUGUGAAUGCGAGGAGUUACAGGUGGUCUGAGUCCCUGUGCCAGAUGUGUGACAUGGGAGAGGAUGAGACGGUGGAACAUGUGGUGCUGGAGUGUGUGCAGUAUGCCAGAGACAGGAAUGAGAUGAUGCAAGUGAUACUGACUGAGUUAGGGCAUGAUACGAAUGAAAGAGUGGAGAACACAGGAAAGGAAUGGAUGGUGUUGUUGCUGGGACUGUGUAGAGAGGCGAGUGAAAGAAUGAUUGAGGCUGUGAAACAGUUUCUGGAGAGAAUGUGGCGUGUCAGGUGUAUGAACAAUUAGGAUAGAGGAUGCUGUUCGUUUCUCUCUUUUUUUUUUUCCCCUUCUACAGGAGUUGUCGAUCCAAAGGCCUGACUCAGGAGUGAUCCUGUGCCACCUGUACCAUCAAGAUCAAGAUCAAGACAACAGUUCCCUCGUGUUUACUACCACAGUGCAUAGAAAUCUUAUCUUUUUUCGCAAAUUUCCCAAGUAAUUCCCCACCCCGGAGGCCGCCCCCAGUACCCCAGUUCCCUGCAUCCAUGGUUUAUAUUGUUAUUCUUCAAGAGGUGAGAGAGGCAAGGGACGAGAGACGCAAGGGAGAGAAGCAAGGGAGAGAGACAGAGUUGACCCGUGUGGCUCCUCUCUGGUGGUGAAAGCCAGUGACGGCAAGAUGGUGAUGGUGACCCUGCCCAACCCCCUCCAGGAAAACUUGGAGGGGGUGACUGAGGGAGGGGCAGGGUGUGGGUCAGGGGCAGAAGGUGACGUGCCAGAGUGACGUCACGUUCCCCCAAAUGCAGGCCGGCAAGUUUGGUGAAUAGCUGGCCUCCUCCUUUUGCCGUAUUCAGAAAUGCUUUACUCUCUCACUGUGACUGUUUUUCAAGGCCACAGCUGACGUCACCAGUCGUCAGUGCACGGCGGGUGCUGCAAGGGGAACUGCAGGAGGUGGACCUGUUCAGCACCUCAUCCCUCCCUGCCCUCUCCCCUGACAGGAGCAUGCCAGACCCAGGGGUGCCCAAGGAAACGGUUGCGGUGGAAACUGGCGUACAGCUGUGCCUGAGCCUGCCGUGGACGCAUUUCCCAGCCCCCGAACUGAACGGUCAACCUGCCGCCAAUCUCAACUUCAACCAGAACAGCUCGGACACGGCUGGCCAGGACAACCACCGCAACACAGACAUGCAUGCACCUGAUAUGGACAUGAAAAUGGAGGGACAGGAGUCCCACGUGAUGGUGUCCGACAGUGAUGCCUCAGUGCAGGAGGGGGAACGGCAGGCAGAGACCCGCAAGUGCCCCUGGGAGAAGCCUGGAGUUAACCGAGCCAAUGAAAGCAGAAUCAAACUUUCCAUUCCAGUCAACUGAACCUGUGAAAGUUCCCAAUCCGGCCAAGCAGGUCCCAGAAGGUGCGGCGUCCAUGCACCCCGUGAUGGUGCUGCACCAGAUGAAGCCUGGCCUGCUGUACAACACUAACCAGACCACCAGGGAUAACAAGCCUUUCUUCACCGUCACCGCCGACAUCGAUGGCAAGGAGUUCUCAGGCGAGGGGACAAAUGUGAAGAAAGCCAAGUUCUUCCUGGCCAACACAGCAAUACUGGGACUGUACGGGGUAGAAUCCACCUUUGAGAUCUCCGCUUAAUAGAAGUAGUAGCUGCCUGGGUACUGGCGGCGGUGUGCGGGGCAGGCGGUCCCUCGCACACGUGGCUGUAGAGUCUGCUACGUGAUAAUGACAAAGUAGAUAGGUAGCUACAUAGUAUUUUAACCUGAAGUCCUGUCUGUGAGUGUUGUCUUGUAUGUUGCUGCUUGCUGAAGGCAGGGAAUGUACUGAACUGGACCUGAGUGGCUUACAAAACUCCUGUGGAAGGGAAGUGAUGGUCUGUGCUAAAUGUUGCAGUCUGACGAGUGACGUGGAAUUCAAUUUUUCCACGUGUAAAUUCUUCCAGUCCAGUGUUUACCUUUAUUUUGUUCCAGCUCUGUUACUUAGUGCCAGAGUUAGAAGACUGACAUUUAACGGAAUUCUUAUUUAUGAUUUUGACGUACUUUCUUUUCCCAUUUAUUUACUUAGCCCAUGAAGUGUGGGUGCUCCUUGUAAAUGGUCGGUGCUGAGCCUGCCAUGAAUGCAAAUCAAAUGCAGCUGAUUGUGAAAGACAGGCACAGGAGAAGGGGUCAGUCACUCAUUCCUGCUUGUGUCAGAUCACUCAUCUAGUGUUCUGCUGUGGAGUGGAGUGGGUGAUGAGAGGGCUGUGGUGAUGGGACAGUGACAGACAAGCCCUACUUACUGAAAACAAAAGUGUGCGAACUCAUCACAUCAACACUUAUUUAGCUUCCUGACAAAAAUGGCAUCCAGUUUCAGAUGUUUAAGGUAUUUAACUCAUCUAUUUAUUUAAAGGUACCCACUCUUUAUGGGUUAAAUGAAAGCUGUACUCUAGUUUAGCAGUCAGUCUCACCACUUGGUUUAAUGUGAGCAGGUAAGGAAGCCCUAGAACCUGGCCCUUGGUUAGGUUCUGGUGACUUCUGGCUGGAAUCUCAGUACCUUAAUUUCUCUUCUGGUUGAAACUUUCUCCUCAAACACAACUGGCUGGAGCUGAGUCCUGGGAUGGUCAGCUGUUUAAAUAUUACUACACAAAAUGUUAUGAGUUUGAAUACAUAAUGAAAAUUUCUUUAAUGUGUAUGUAUGUAAAGGUUAUAAAAGCAAGUAUUUUUUUCUUUUUCAAUUUUUGUAUAUAAUUGAGGUUAAGAUGAAUUUGAAACAUUGAUUGCAAUUUAUCAAGCUGGUGUUGGUUUUGGUUUUGAAGGAAGUGUAAGUGCAAGAGGUAUGAAUUUGAAACAUUGAUUGCAAUUUAUCAAGCUGGUGUUUUUGGUUUUGAAGGAAGUGUAAGUGCAAGAGGUAUGAAUUUGAAACAUUGAUUGCAAUUUAUCAAGCUGGUGUUGGUUUUGGUUUUGAAGGAACUGUAAUUGUGCAAGAGGUAAUCAUUUGAUCAGAGUGGAAUUAAUGAAGCAGUUUACCACACCAGUAUUGUCAUUCCUGCUCCCUGUGUGUCCACCUUACCUCUCACACCCUGACGUUUGCCUCAACGCCUUCAUUUAUCACCAAUGCAGUUAGGUAAAUUAUCACUUAUUACUAUUUUCUCAUAUGAAUUCAGAAACACUGUCAGCUUAUCAAAUAGUGUAUCUGUUAAUAUAACCUUUUGUAGGCAACUUGUCCUGUAACCACCUAUGACAUUUUAGGCUCAUUUUUGUACCAGCCUCUUCAACAGUUCUAUAGCUUAUGGAAAACUAAAUUAACUUCCUAUUCUCUCAUUUCCUCUGUCCAUACCAGCAGUUCUCAUAGUACUCUCAAUGUUGAAGGAUGAUAGCAGUCCAAGGGCAGAGCUAGUGAGUUUCUUUGAGUCUCCCCAAUAAUUGUUUUCUUUUGUAGCUUGCGGUGAAGAGGAGGAUAAUAGCGGUAAUUAAAGGUUUAGUGAUUAUAUGAAAAAAGUAUUUUUAUAAGGCGUGUAUUCGUGGGAGUGAUUUAAAAGUCUUGAAACAUUUAUUAUAAAUAGUCUUUACUUAUUUCAACUGUAGUUUUCUCUAAUCAAUGGUAAUACGAAUAAUAGAAUUACAUCAUGUUGCGUCAGCCUACCAGUAACUCAUAAGGUAUCAUACCCUAGCUUAUAAAAUAUGUUAGUAAUUUAGAAUUCAAUUAUUAACUUCAACUAAUGUCCAGCCUAUAUGCUCACCUUGCUAGCCAAUUAUUCCUGCAUUUUUAUUUAAACUCACGGUUCAGUAAAAUUAUUUGUGAAAGAAGAGAGAGAGAGAGAACUAGCUAAGGUUCCAAUAACUUCAGAUGCCUGUGGGUGUUGAGGGAGAGAGCACAAAAUGGCGUCUCCCUUCCCUCUGGCAACAGGUGGGUCUCGUAGCUCUGAAAUAUUUGAUUUUUCUUUUAUUUAGAAGUGAAUAUUACUGUGUUCAUGUUUAUUAUUCAUGUCUCUAGUGAAGAUAUAGUGACUGUACGUGUUGACAGAAUGGCGUCUCCCUUCCCUCUGGCAACAGUGUUGCCACGGUGACGGUGGUGGUGGGCAUGACACAGAUGCGGGAGGUGGAGUUUGUGCCCGAUGGAGACAUGCAGGUGGACAAAUUGUGUUGGUCAUUGGUCAGACUGGAGUUUACAUGUGUACCUCCUUCACCAUCAUUGGUGGACACUUCACCUUGAGUGAUGCUUGAGCUGUCAUGGUGUUGCUGGUGCUGUGUGCCAUCAUCACCCUGACACAGACCACCCUGCAGACACCUUCAUCCUGGGUGUCACACGUCGCUGCUGCUACAACUCAGAGCAACAAGAGCGCAAGCCAGGAAGGGAAAUGUGUGCAGGUUUGCAGUAAACCUCCCUGAAGGUUCCAGAGCUGCUCAGCAAGUGUCCAGUCCAGGCUGUCACAAGACUGUGUGACAGUGGACCUUCCACUCAUACUGAAAACAGCUGUGCACUGCCACUCACAGGAAGUGGUGACCACUCUAGAUUGAGUUGCCUUGAAGCUGAGAUGAGUUGGUCAGCUAGUGAGUGGCUUCAAUCAAGUGACUGUGAGGUGUUGGCUUCAAUCAAGUGACUGUGAGGUGUUGCCUUCAAUCAAGUGACUGUGAGGUGUUGGCUUCGAUCAAGUGACUGUGAGGUGUUGGCUUCGAUCAAGUGACUGUGAGGUGUUGGCUUCGAUCAAGUGACUGUGAGGUGUUGGCUUCGAUCAAGUGACUGUGAGGUGUUGGGCAUGGUAUUGUGUUAUUGCAAGUGUAACCAUUAAUAAGUAAGUUCUUUCCUUAUAACUCUUCAUACAUGGAUUGCCAUACAUGGACGGAUAAGGCCCUUGUACAGAGUCAUCAGCUGGGGGUGAGAAAAACUGGUGGAGACGUCUCAGAACGCCUAACUUCACAGAAGCUGUUUUAGCUAGAGAUGAAAUGUGAAGUUUCUAGUUUAGAUCAUAAGUAAAGGACAGACCAAGGAUGUUCAGUGUAGAAGAGGGGGACAGUUGAGUGUCAUUGAAGAAGAGGGGAUAGUUUGGAAGACUGUGUUGAGUUGAUAGAUGGAGGAAUUGAGUUUUUGAUGCACUGAACAAUACCAAGUUUGCUCUGCCCCAAUCAGAAAUUUUAGAGAGAUGAGAAGUGAGGCGUUCUGUGGCUUCCCUGCGUGAACUGUUUACUUCCUGAAGGGUUGGAUGUCUAUGAAAAGACAUGGAAAAGUGCAGGGUGAUGUCAUCAGCGUAGGAGUGGAUAGGACAAGAAGUAUGGGUUAGAAGAUCAUUAAUGAAUAAUAAGAGAGUGGGUGACAGGACAGAACCCUGAGGAACACCACUGUUAAUAGAUUUAGCAGAAGAACAGUGACCGUCUACCACAGCAGCAAUAGAAUGGUCAGAAAGGAAACUUGAGAUGAAGUUACAGAGAGAAGGAUAGAAACUGUAGGAGGGUAGUUUGGAAAUCAAAGCUUUGUGCCAGACUCUAUCAAAGGCUUUUGAUAUGUCCAAGGCAACAGCAAAAGUUUCACCAAAAUCUCUAAAAGAGGAUGACCAAGACUCAGUAAGGAAAGCCAGAAGAUCACCAGUAGAGCGGCCUUGACGGAAUCCAUACUGGUGAUCAGAUAGAAGGUUGUGAAGUGAUAGAUGUUUAAGAAUCUUCCUGUUGAUGAUAGAUUCAAAAACUUUAGAUAGGCAGGAAAUUAAAGCAAUAGGACUGUUGUUUGAGGGAUUAAAACUACUACUACUACUACUACUACUACUACUACUACUACUACUACUACUACUACUACUCACAUCUUGCCUGACUGCCAGACCAACAUUUACUGUGUAGAAAUGGCACAGUCUACUCCUUUAGUUCUUUUCCUUUCUAGAAUGUGCAUAUCAGUGUACCCUGUCGUGCCUCCCAUGCUGUGUAAUGCUGCAGUGUUGAUUGUGUGUGUGUGUUUCCCUCAGGUGGUACUGUGGAUAGCAAGCGGAAGAGACCUUGGGAGACUUCCGUUAAUGAGGAGCAACAGUCACACCUCACUGGAGUCUUUCAGGAACCAACAGUCAGGGCCUGAUGUGAAGGUGUCUGCAGCCAGUGUUUGGUGUCCUCUGUGCCUGCCUGGUGGUGCCUCAUUGCAGGGCUGAUGUGAAGGUGUCUGCUGCCAGUGUUUGGUGUCCUCUGUGCCUGCCUGGUGGUGCCUCAUUGCAGGGCCUGAUGUGAAGGUGUCUGCAGCCAGUGUUUGGUCUCCUCUGUGCCUGGUGGUGCCUCAUUGCAGGGCCUGAUGUGAAGGUGUCUGCAGCCAGUGUUUGGUGUCCUCUCUUCCUGGUGGUGCAGCCUGAUGUGUUGCCUGCUUCAGUGUAAAUCUUGCAAGCCAGAUCUGCCAGCUGUCUCCAGUGUAGUAGUCUAGGGUGCUUUGCUUUGUGUCUUUGGCAAUAAAUAAAUUUGUGAGUAUCAUUCUCAUGUGAAUUAUAUAGUUUGAUAAAAUUACAGAAUGUGCUUGGGUAAACUAAAUUUAUAUAUUGGUGGUAAACAAUUCAUGCAUCCCCAAGUAAAUAAAUAAAAAAAUAAAUAGGACCCAAAACAAUAGAUACAAUAUAGAUCAUCCUCUGGUCAAAAAAAAAGCCAGGAUUGGCCCAUUUUUGGCCAAGUUUAAAGUGAAACUUGCACACACAAGCCCUGUCCGAGCGACACUGGAGUCGCUCGGACAGGGCUUCUGUGUGCAAGUUUUACCUUAAACUUAGCCAAAAAUGGGCCAAUCCAGCCAAAAAUGGGCCAAUCCUGGCUUUUUUUUUUGACCAGAUCAAUUGUUACUAGUAUUUUUUGCUUCCAUUUUUUUUUUUUUUUAUCAGGGCUAUGAACUGGUUACAUCAGAAAGCAGCUUAUUUGCAAUUUGUAAAAAGAUUUGUAUAUAAUUCCACAAUUCCACAAGUAUGAACAAGAUGAUUAAAUAUAUUUGUUUAAAUCACAUUGCCAAAGUUUCUGAGGAGGCAUGAACUGUUACACCAGAAAGCUUGUUUAUUUGCAACUUAUUAGUAUAAUUCCCUAAGUAUGUACAAGAUAAUAAUAUAUAUAUUGUUUAAUCACAAAAGUUUAAUAAAUACACAAUAGGAUAAA